AGGCAAACAGGGUAUACUCUGGUAUACUACAUUCUAGAUUCGAAACUUGUACCAUGCAUUCUCAAGCUCGCAGCAAGAAAGCAGUCGUAGUCGGCGCAGGUCCAGUAGGAUGUUUGGCUGCAAUGAUGCUAGCGAAGCGGGGCUGGCAAGUCUUUCUUUAUGAGGGCAGAGAAGACUUGCGGCAACCUUCUACCAAGGCAGCAGCACAACAACGUUCAAUAAACCUUGCCAUUUCGCACCGCGGAAUCGCGGCUAUACACGCUGUUUCUCCAGAGGCUGCUGAACGAUUUAUGCAGACUGUUAUUCCCAUGAAGGGACGCAUGAUUCAUCAUUUGGAUGGAAGGCUCGACAGCCAAUUGUACGAUAGAGAUGGCCAGUGCAUUAAUUCCAUCGACCGCGCCUUGCUCAACGAAGGACUUUUGGACGAAGUAUCCAGGUCACCGAACGUCCGAAUGUUCUUUCGACACAAGAUCCGCUUCAUAGAUUUUAACCGGAAGGUACUGACUGCCGAGGACCUGGGUCAUGGGCAAGAGCACACGGUCGACUUCGAUUUUUGUGUCGGCGCAGACGGAAGUUAUUCUACUGUCCGCCGACAAAUGAUGAAGGUUGUGAGAAUGGACUAUCAACAGGAGUACAUCAAGCACGAGUACGUCGAACUUAAAAUGCCGGCAGGACAUGAUACUCCUGGGCGACCGACAUUCCAACUUGAUCCGAACCAUCUUCAUAUAUGGCCUCGCCGCUCCUACAUGUUGAUUGCGCUCCCAAACAAAGACAACACCUUCACAUGCACACUGUUCGCUCCUAGCGUCGAGCUGGACAGGCUAUCACCUCCGGAGGUUUUUUUACCUUGGUUCAAAUCAAAUUUCCCCGAUGCUCUUAAAGCCAUUGGUGAGAAAAAUCUCAUUCAUGAUUACACGCACAAUCCCCGGAGUCCCCUGAUUUGUACCAAGUCUAAUCCUUAUCAUUAUAAGGAUCGGGGGAUACUUCUGGGUGAUGCAGCCCAUUCCAUGGUGCCAUUCUAUGGACAAGGGCUCAAUUGCGGCCUAGAAGACGUUCGGGUGCUGAAGGUUUUAUUGGAUCAAGAGGAGGUUGAGUCCAACUCCCCAACGGGUCCUGAUAACCUCGAAGACGAGCGGCUCGCCCGUGCUUUAUUGAGGUAUUCACAAGAACGGCAUCAAGACCUCGUUGCCAUUAGCGAUUUCGCCAUGAAUAACUAUGUCGAGAUGCGCCAUCUAGUUACCACGCCCUUAUACCUCUUCCGCAAGGUACUGGAUGGGUGGCUCUACAGACUGAGCUCACAUUCGACCCUGCCAGUGACGUCUUUGACGACAAAACUAACCAGCCAGACGUACGAUGAGCGUGAACCGAGAGGCUGGUUACCGCUGUAUACGAUGGUUACGUUCCGACCGGAUAUCAGUUAUGAUACCGCCAGAAGAACAGCGUCCCGUCAGACACAGAUUUUAACAACCGCAACCUAUGUCGGCGCGACAAUACUCUGUGUGUCAGGACUCUGGUUGGCACGGACUGUUAAGACAUGGAUCAGAUAGGUACAGGUCUUGUUACACGCCCAAGCUUGUCCGUGGUAUCUGAAACGAUGAGUUGCGACCUUCCUUACCUUACAGGUCAAGUGUGAUGAUUCUGUACCAUUUCUCGACUUCUUCUGUACAACGUGUCGCGAAUGAAAUGAAAUGAAACUGUCAUUCCAUAGCUUCGAACUGGACGCAUCUAGAUGCAAUCCUUCUACCCGAAUAAUGUUGAUGUAUGUCUUACAGAGAAGAGAACACGUUUCACAGCA